AAACAGCGGAAAUGCAGACGCCUGGCAGUAUGACGCUGAGACGGUGACAGGCUGGCCGGUUUGCGGGUGUGAAUCUUUCAGACUACUCUUUGGUUACCCGGGCGGAGGUGUCUGUUGCUCUGAGGACCAUGUCUGGCAGCUUCUAUUUUGUGAUUGUGGGACAUCAUGACAAUCCAGUAUUUGAGAUGGAAUUUCUGCCUCCAGGAAGAACAGAAUCAAAGGACGAUCAUCGCCAUCUGAACCAGUUCAUCGCACAUGCUGCACUGGACCUUGUGGAUGAGAACAUGUGGCUGUCCAACAACAUGUACCUCAAGACGGUGGACAAGUUCAACGAGUGGUUUGUCUCUGCAUUUGUGACCGCUGGACAUAUGAGACUUAUUAUGCUGCAUGAUGUGCGACAAGAAGAUGGAAUUAAAAACUUCUUCAAUGAAGCAUAUGACCUGUACAUUAAGUUUGCCCUGAAUCCAUUUUAUGAAUCUAAUACUCCAAUACGAUCCACUGCGUUUGACCGUAAAAUACAGUUCCUUGGCAAGAAGCAUUUACUGAGCUGAAUGAAAGGGGAUAUGCUGGAGCAAGAGCGUCUGAUCUUACGAAUGUUACAGCCUGUGGUGGGUGGAAAGUCUUAUCAGCAGAAGGGUUUUCCAAGAUUAUGAUAUUGAAGACCUUUCCUCAGGAUAGGUCCUCAAUAUCAGAUCUGCGGGGGCAGACUGCCGGCACCCCCACCGAUCCGCUAUUUGCACAGCACCGUCCAUUUGAUAGCGCCAGGCUUGGUAUUACAGCUCAGCCUCUUUCACUUGAAUGGGACUGAGCUGUGCCCACCAGAGUGCUGUGACCUCUUCAAAUAGCCAAUUGGCAGGGGUCCUGGGUGUCAUACCCUUGCUAAUCUGAUAUUGAUCACCUAUCCUCAGGAUCAAUAUCAGAAAACCCUUUAAGAGGACUUAUCACUGGGGAAAACUGUUAAAUCAGCCUAUUUACUGUUACUUCCAGCGCUCAAUAUGCAAAGGUGGUUGUGUUUAGUCUAAGAGGUGGUCCUGAGGGGGGGAAAUCUUCAGUGAUGUGAUUGACUGCCUGGAUUGGAAAGUGUCAAAGCAGUGACGAUCACCUCCUUGGAUAAACAGAGCCGUCUUUUGCAUUUCAGGCCAACUGCUGCCCCUGAUAAUUUAGGAAACGGGGCUGGUGAUUACUGAAGGGAGCAGUACAGAUUGAGGGAGGUCGGUCUUUGUUGGAUUACUGGAUGUAGAUAUGAAUUGAUUAGCCAUGUAUAUAAUCCAUCAUUAGAGACCUGUGUCAGUAUUGUAACACUGAUCAGUUAUUUAUCGUCCUUCUGUAGAAAUUGUUAGUGAACAUACAGAAGAGAUUGCUAUAAAAUCAUCAGAAUGUCUUAC